AUGAGGCCUUUUUUUCUUCUUUUUCCUCAUAUUAUUCAUUUUUAUUAUCCUUUAUCCUCAUCUUUCUUCAUUUCCUUCCCAUUAUUAUUAUUAUUAUUUUUCCUUUUCCUUUCUUCUUCUUAUCCUCAUCUUCUUCAUUUUCUUCUCCAUCCUAUUCACCAUCUUCUUCUUUCUUCCCAUUAUUAUUAUUAUUAUUAUUAUUAUUAUUCCCUCUUCCUUUCCUUCUUCUUUUAUCCUCAUCUUCUUCAUUUUCUACUUCUCCAUCCUAUUCACCAUCAUCUUCUUCUUCCCAUUAUUAUUAUUAUUAUUAUUAUUAUUCCCUCUCCUUUUCCUUCUUCUUCUUUAUCCUCAUCUUCUUCAUUUUCUACUUCUCCAUCCUAUUCACCAUCUUCUUCUUUCUUCCCAUUAUUAUUAUUAUUAUUAUUAUUCCCCUCUGCCUUUUCCUUCUUCUUUAUCCUCAUCUUCUUCAUUUUCUACUUCUCCAUCCUAUUCACCAUCCUCUUCUUCUUCCCAUUAUUAUUAUUAUUAUUAUUAUUAUUAUUAUCCUUUUCCUAUUUUCUUCUUUAUCCUCAUCUUCUUCAUUUCCACUUCCAUCCUAUUCACCAUUUUCUUCUUCUUCCCAUUAUUAUUAUUAUUAUUUUUAUUAUUAUUCCCCUGCCUUUUCCUUCUUCUAUUUAUCCUCAUCUUCCAUUUUCUACUUCUCCAUCCCAUUCACCAUCUUCUUCUUCUUCCCAUUAUUAUUAUUAUUAUUAUUAUUAUUCUGCCUUUUUCUUUCUUCUUUUUAUCCUCAUCUUCUUUCAUUUUCUACUUCUCCAUCCUAUUCACCAUCAUCUCUUUCUUCCCAUUAUUAUUAUUAUUAUUAUUAUUAUUAUUCCUCUGCUCUUUUCCUUCUUCUUUUAUCCUCAUCUUCUUCAUUUUCACUUCUCCAUCCUAUUCACCAGGAUCUUCUUCUUCCCAUUAUUAUUAUUAUUAUUAUUAUUCCCCCUGCCUUUUCCUUCUUUAUUAUUCCUCCUCAUCUUCUUCAUUUUUACUUCCAUCCUAUUCACCAUCAUCUUCUUCUUCCCAUUAUUAUUAUUAUUAUUAUUAUUAUUAUUGAUAUUCUUAUUAAUAUUAUUAUUAUUAUAUUUAUUAUUAUUUAUUAUUUCUUUCAUCUUUAUUUCAUUUUUCUUCUUCCAUCCUAUUCACCAUCCUCUUCUUCUUCCCAUUAUUAUUAUUAUUAAUAAAUCUCCUUUUCCUUUUUCUUCUUUAUCCUCAUCUUCUUUCAUUUAUUUUCCAUCCCAUUCACCAUCAUCUUCUUCUUCCCAUUAUUAUUAUUAUUUUUAUUAUUAUUCCCUCUUCCUUUUCAUUUCUUCUUUAUCCUCAUCUUCAUUUUUUCUUCCAUCCUAUUCACCAUCCUCUUCUUCUUCCCAUUAUUAUUAUUAUUAUUUUUAUUAUUAUUUUUCCUUCUUCUUUUUUUCUAUCUUUCAUUUUCUACUUCCAUAUCCUUCUUUUUUAUAUUAUUAUUCCUCUUUUCUUUUCAUCAAGAUCUUUCUUCCCAUUAUUAUAAAAUGUAGAGAAUAUUUUUUAUUGUUAUAUUAUUAUUCCUCUCUUUUCAUCUUUCCAUCCCAUUCACCAUUAUUAUUCCUUUAUAAAUUAUUAUUAUUAUUAUUAUUAAAGAAGUUGUUCUUCCAUCCUAUUCACCAUCCUCUUUUUCUUCAAGAUCCCAUUAUUAUUAUUAUUAUUCCCCUUUCCUUUUCCUUGUUUUAUCCUUCUUCAUUUUCCUCUUCUUCCUAUCAAGAUGAGGAUCUUUAA